AUGAGCAUUUCUGGCAACGACGUCAAACGAUCAUCUUUUCCCGUUGGUGAAUCAGGUACGAAUGUAACAACUGUAACAUUCGGCCAUCGUUCCGGUAAAUUAUUGGCAACCGGUAGUGAUGAUAAUGCCAUACAUAUUUAUUUAAUUGGUCAACCAACAUCAUUACUUACAUCACGAUGUCAAACAAGUGCUAUAAGUGCAUUAAGAUUUUCAAAUGAAGAAAAUUUAUUAGCAUCAGGUAGCCGUUCUGGUGCAGUAAAAAUUUGUGAUCUUGAAAGUCAAAAAGUAAUAUAUCCUGGUGGUCAUAAAACAUGUAUUCGUUCAAUUGAAUAUUUUCCAUCAAGUAAUAAUUUUCUAGCAACAGGUGCUGUUGAUGGUACAGCAAAGCUUUGGGAUCCAAGACGAAAAGGUUUUAUAUUCAAUUAUAAAGGACAUAAUGGAGCUAUAAAUGCAUUAAAGUUUUCUCCCGAUGGCCGAUUUUUAAUUACUGCUUCGGAUGAUACAGCUAUUCGAAUGUGGGAUGUUACAGCUGGUAAAGUACUAAAAGCAUUUCAAGAACAUCAAGGACCUGUAUUUACAGUUGAAUAUCAUCCAAAAGAACUUUUACUUGCAUCGGGUGGUGCUGAUAGACGAAUUAAAUUUUGGGAUCUUGAAAAACUUCAAUAUAUUUGUGACACAGAUAUUGAAACAUCAGCAAUUAGAUGUUUAGCAUUUGAGCCAACAAAUGCUAGUUGUAUACUUUCGGGGUCAAAUGAUAUGCUACGUGUUUAUAAUUGGGAACCAGUUCAAUUACUUGAUACUGUUCAAAUGGGUUGGAAAAGUAUUCUUGAUAUGACUAUACAUAAAGAACAACUUUUUGGAGCUUCUGUUUUACAAAAUGAAGUUUGUAUUGGUUCCAUUUAUCUUUCUAAUUUAAAAACCAAACGACGUAUAUCACCAGUUCGUGAUUAUUUUCCAAGUGAUCCAAAAGCAUCAUCAAUGGCAACUAGUACACUGUCCGGUCGACGGAGUCUAUAUCAAGCAAUGACUGUUAAAGAUGAACAUGUCAAACUUAAACCCGAACCAACAAGUACCAGUAGUACUGAUGAAUCAAAGUCACCGGUUGCUGAUAGUGUUAUGAUUGAUAAUCAAGUUGAUUAUGAUCGAAUAUUUCGUGGUAAAGCACGUUUACCACGUUCGCCUAGUCAUCAAGGGGUUUCAGCACAACCAACAGUUUCUUCGACAUCAUCAUCAUCAUCGGCUGGAUUUACUACACACACACCAUCGGCAACUGAGGUUACAUCAGUAUCUACGUCUGUGGCAACGAAACCAAAAACUUCUCAAUCUGCUUCACCGCCACCUCAAGUUGAUAUGUUAAUGCCUGCUAUACGAAUGCCGAAUCCGACAGUAACUCAAACUGAACAAUCACGAACAAAUGAACAAAUUUUUGCUAGUUUAUCAAAAGCUAAUCAAACAAUUAGUUCUGUACAGCAACAACGUAAAAGUAAUUUAACAUUAUUAAUUGAUUUAUCACGAAAUAGUGCUACACAGACAACUUUUCAAGCAAUUAUUGCUUCAAAUGAUCUUUCACUCGAAUGUUUUUUAUUACGUUUUGUUAUUGAAAAACUAGCCAAGUAA